AUGUCUACUUCACAGCUGCCUCAGUUGCCCGCUACCCAUGCGGAUUUGGUGAAGUAUAUUGCAGGGAACGCCGACACUCCCAUGGUUGAAAUCUUGAAACCAUAUCGCCACUUUGAAGCCCGCCUUCGCGAGACUUACGCUCAAGACCGUCAAAACUCAAUUCUCGAGGACCCAUAUCUAAAUGUUAUACCACUGUUCAAUGAACACACAUCAAUGAUUACCACGCGGGCAAGAAAUUUAUCGGCUGAAUCGGAAAAUGAGAAAUCCAAAUAUAUCAUGCCCUUGCCCGAGCACAAGCGACGACCUCAUGGCUCCCCAGCUACAGUGGCCGAUUUUGCUGAGUUCAAGCACAAUUUCAACACUUUCUCCGAGUCUUCACUGGCCGAGUUGGAUUGGAACAACGUAGUCGCAGCCGGUUCAUCGGUUGUUAACUGCCUCCUCCCUGUACCACGAGAGUUCAAGGUGUCAAAGCGGAAAUUGCGGGAGUACUACCACGAGAAGUUUUGCCCAGCAUCUGAUGUGGAUCUGUUUCUUUAUGGUUUGACCCAUGAACAAGCCAUUGACAAGAUUAAGCAGAUUGAGCGUGCUGUUAAAGACGCUCUACUCAACGAAGUCACUGUGGUUCGUACCAAGUAUGCUAUCACAAUAGCCAGUCAAUAUCCUGUCCGACACAUCCAAAUUGUUCUUCGGGUUUACAAGUCUGUCAGCGAAAUCUUGACAGGAUUUGAUAUUGACGCGGCAGGAGGUGCAUUCGACGGCAAACAAGUUUACGUUACUCCUAGAGCCUUGGGUAGCUAUAUAACCCAAAUCAAUCAUCUGGAUCUCUCUCGUCGAAGUCCAUCUUACGAGAAUCGUCUUUCCAAGUACUCGCAUCGAAAUUUUGAGGUCUUUUGGCCGGAGCUGGACCGGGCCAAGGUCGAUCCCACUAUAUUUGAGCGCAGUUUCCGGAGGACUCUAGGACUUGCCAGGCUUUUAGUCCUUGAGAGACUGCCAACCAAUCAUGCCAGGGAGACCUAUCUUAACAGGCGGCGGACUGAGUGCGGUCGCCCAGCCAGAUCCCGAGCAUUUAUGCCCAUGCGCGGCAACAUUAAAGAUAGUCACGAGGAUGAAGUUGCCGACUGGCUCUCGGCGGAAGAGGAUGUCAGCAACUACCAUACAUUUACAGUUCCUUAUGGCCAAAAGUUCAACGCAAAACGCAUCGAAAAGCUAUGUUACACCCGAGAUUUGCUUUUGAACGCUGAGUGGAAUCAGCCCAAGGAUCGUAAAGUAUAUCUACAUCGACAUCCCGCUUUCUUCGGGCGUGUUGAAGAUGUAAUAGAGGAUUGUUGUGGUACUUGCCCGAAGCCUGCUACUGCCGAAGAAGUCGAGACUGCUCAGAAAGAAGCCGAGAUUUACAUUUCUGGCAGGGUUUCUUUCCUGAUUGACGAUCCAGGCCGUCAGCAAAUUGGGUCUUUCAACCCUUUGACCGAGAAAGACUGGACAGAUAUGGCCUAUGUCGGGAACACUGCUCGGCUUUGCCAGUCAAUUGUCGAUGGUGACGUCGAAGACAUUCUCAACUGGCUUUCUAAAGAGGGUGCCGAUCCCAAUAAACGAGACUACACCGGUCGUUCUCCGCUCCACCUUGCCGUCAUGACGUCGACUCCUGAAAUUGUCAAGUUGCUUGUUGACCAUAGAUCUCGUUUGACUGCUCGCCUCGCCGAUGGCAAAACAGCACUGCAUCUUGCCGCCGCUCGCGGUAACGUAGAAAUGAUCAGAAUAUUGAUGGAUAAAAGCAUCGAAAACGAGGAAGAAGACGAAGAGAGGCAACUCAGGCGUCGCAGAGCUACCCACGAAUGCAAACCGCGCGCGGUUGAAAAAGAUAGGGCCAGCGAACAAGAAGAAGAUACUGACGAAGACGACGAACUUUACGGGGAGCUCAUGGAUGGCAAUAAAACCGAUUUUGAUGCGCAGUCGUUGGCCACCGGCUCUUUUGUCCAUAUUUCAAAAAAGAAGAAGAUAUCUGAUCUGAUUCCAGACGAAUCAGAAGAUGAGCCGGACUACUUUCAAGUUGAUGUGCUCGCCUGGGAUACCCCAUGCUCUCCUCUUCAUUUGGCUAUCGUCGAAGGCCAUGAGGAAGCGGUCAAGUUGCUAUCCGACUAUGGAGCAGAUUCCAUUCUACCCAUCAAGUUCCUCAGCAACGACUGGUCAGACACCGCGGCACUGCUGACGCUUACACUGGCGUUGAGACUUCCGAGAGGCAAAGCCAUCUCCAUGGCUCGUCUUCUCCUCCAACUCGGCGCCACUUCAUCCCAAGCCGAUGCUCAAGGUUGUACUGCCUUUUAUCGUUACCUUGAGCACGGCGAUACCGAGCUUGUCGACGUCCUUUUGGAAAAUGAUAAGAUGGGGGUGAAGACCGCAAUUAACCAUAUUGUAUUUGGUGAAAAAAUCUGGAAUCCGGAAGCUACGUCGCCUUUGCAUGAAGCCGUGCAACAUGGUGACCCGAUCUUGGUCCUCAAGCUUUUGAACGCUGGAGCCCUUCCUGAAGCCGAUUUUGAGUCAUGGCUGAAAGCCGCCAAAUUUGCGGGCAGCCUAUCAAGUAAUCUAGGAGAUCUGGAAGCCUGUAAGGACGUAUACAAGAGAUCUUACGAGUCUCCAGUAUGCGCCGCCAUACGCUGCGGAAAUACAGUUGCCGUGAGGCAGCUUCUGGAUAAUAAUGCCGACAUCAACGCUUUGACGCACAACACAAAUGACGCUUUCACCCGGAACUGGAUGUGGAAAUACGUAAAAGGCACCACAAUCAUUGACCUUGUGCGCGACAUGAUUGAAAUAUUAUGCGAUUACAAGGAAGGAAAAUCAACACUGCCUAAAGCUAGCUUGCAACCUGGGUUGGAUGCUUAUCUCGAUCGAAUUGAGGCUGGCACAUAUAAGCGUUGGGUGGUUUCGCAAGAUGUUCAAGAGAAAAAGAAGUUAUUCAGCGCCAGCACGAAAACUUAUCAAAAGACUCUUCGGAAUCUCGGGAAAUUCAAAGGCGUAUCUGAGAAAUCAGAUGCCAUCGGAGAAAUGCUAAAUGACUUCCGGUCCCUUGAACAGAAUAUGCUGUCCAGGGGAGCAAAGACAUUUGAGGAGCUUUACCCCAAGAUCGAGUGCGAGAAGCGUAAGAAGAGGGACACGGAUGAUGACAAGGAGGACGACGAAGCCAAGGAUUACGCCUUUAAUUUCGAGUUCAAAACUGACAAUGAUAUGACCGAAACGAGACGAGAUGGAUAUAUUGAGCUCAUGGAAGCUGCCUGGUCUGGGAAUCUAGACCGUAUCAAGGAAUUAACUUUACAAGCCUGGGGAAUGGAUAAAGAACAAGCUCCUCUGAAAAUCGCUAUUAGUGACAACUCGAACAAUUCUCCGUUCUCUCUUUCUUUUCUGCACGGUAGAUACGAAAUCUCUCGGACCAUUCUCGAGAUAAUGAAAGCUCAGUGGUCUCCUCCAGAAAAGGAUCAAGUUCGGUAUAAGAUGAAGCAAGAGCGACAAGAUUCUGAUUUUUCGUAUGAUAGCGACGAGGACAGUGCAGAUGGUGAGCCACAGAUUGAAUCUGAACUUGUCGGCAACGACUUCACUAUCGAGAACAUUGGUCAGAUUUCCAUGCAGGUGAAAUCGCACACCAAGCCCUUGCAGCAUGUUUUUGACGCAUGGUCGGUAUUCACUGUCAAGGAUGGAAAACCGUCAAGAAUCGAUUGCAGGCAGCACACGCUGUUUCAGCACGUGAUGGAGGCAGACGAUGUAACUGGUAUGAGAGUAUUAUUGGAUAUCGCUCAGCAAUUCAGUGAAGACCAGCAGGCUCCGGACGACGAUGAAGCAGAAUAUUCGAGUUUCACUUUCCCUGAACGGGACUUCCGGUGGGCUGUUGAGCACGGGAAAACGCAGAUGCUCUCUCUUAUUAUCAAACGUACCGGAGCUGGUAUUCCUCUAGAUGACCUGGUGAAGAAGAGCGGUUUGGAGGUGAAAGAAAAGCCGCGCUUUUAUCAAGGUCUCACUGUUUAUGGAAAGAAGCGAAAGGAUUGGGCAAAUGCUGGCCGAAAUACUGUUAGCCGAACCAGUGGCAUGAAGACACCUCCCCUUCUUCACGCCGCACUGGGAGGUUCUGUUGAUGGCGUAGAAUUCUUUUUAGGAGAUAGGCCGCACAGACUCUAUACCGAGUUUGGCAAGUCGAAGACUGCUCGUGAAGAUGCGAGGUAUAGACAUUUGAGGGAAAGCCCAGGUGGUUUUGACCGAGCGAUUUCAAAAUGGUUGGGUGCUGAUAAUGACCUGGUCAUUCAUUGCGCCGUUUUGGGCCACUGGAAGAACUCUGACGUCGUCGAUUACCUUGUCAACAAUUGCCCCGAGUAUCUCGAAAAGAAGACUUCUGGUGGAGAAACUCCUCUCAUGGUAGCAUGUAGGCUUGGUAGAACCGAAUUCGUCAAAAUACUCGUCGAUGCUGGUGCGGAUCAGUCGACCCGAAAUUUGAAGGGGGAAAAUAUUCUCCACGCCUGCCUUGCUUUGCUACCCAAGGCUUCUCAGCUCAAACCUAUGCUCGACUUAUUCGAUCCGGAGCUUCGAAGUCACCUCUUUUUGCAGCGCAAAAACUUGACUGAAAAUGGGACAACGCCGCUUCACACUUGGAUAAGCCAGGUGUCGGGUCUGGGCCCGACGGGUGAGAAUGAGGAUCGACGCGGCUGGCGGUACCGAGACUGCAGAUAUGGCCAGGUGAAGGCGUAUAAAGACAUCAAGGACAUGGUCGAGACGAUCAAGCUUCUGCUGCAGUACACCAAAGGCGAAGAGCUUGACAUGAUGAAUGGGGCGGGAGAAACAUGUCUUCACACCGCCACCAAAAGGGACAUGCUUGCUCUUGUCAAAGUCCUAGUUGACCAUAAGCCCCAGCAACUGUAUCGGGAAAACGCCGUUGGCCGUACGCCUGUUGAAAUUGCCCACGACGGCCUGAUAUCUCAUGCCUUGUCGCGGCCUAAACAUCCUCGGAUUGACAGGGACGAACGCGUCUCGAAGUUUAUCAGUAAGAGCACAAGCGCAUGCAAGAAUGGGAGGAGCAUUCCGAGCGACGUUAGCUUGCUCAAUUUGAACCUCGCUCAGCUAGGUUUGAGUGGGGAAUACAGUGCCGAAGAUGCAGCUCUUAUCCUGCCGUCACUGGGAAUCGGUGAGGGGAAGCUGAGAAGCAGGUUGCCAAAAGGCAAACUCAAAUCUGUCAUUUUGGAUAUCAUGACUACUGCAAUGUCCAAACAUACGGGUAAGAGACGCCUGGUGAGUCUCAAUGAAGCCAACGACGUGGCUAGAAGACUGGGUGAGAAGCACACUAGUUCUCGUUACUUUAGCGUCGAGUCCCGCAAAGAUGAAGAGGACGAAGCUGCUUCAGAUGAUGGAAAGAAUGGCGAUGAAAAAGGUGACUUUGUCACAAAACAGCUGGCGGAUCGGUUGUCAAGCGGAUGGUUGGCAAAGAAGGACAGCCAUGUCGACGGAGACGGUGAGAGUGACGCCAAUGACGACGACGACGUUGACGACGACGAUGAUGACGAUGACGACGACGACGACGACGACGAUUGA